GGCACACAGUGCAUAGAGUAUGAAUUCUAUGAUCGUUGGCAUUUUACUUCCCUCCACUUCUCUUCACGCGCGUCGCUUCGCCGGACUGGGACGCCGAUCGGGUUUCGCCGUCUUGACCCUACGCGAACCAAUCAUAGGAAGAAACUCCAAAUCAGAGAUCCAAAUUGAAUUCGCAGCUACCAAAACCCUAGAAUUGUCCUAUGGCGGCAGUGUCGGUGGCCGCCGAGUGGCAGCUUCUCUACAACCGAUACUACCGGAAGCCCGAAAUCUACUCAAUGCAAUGGAAGCAUGUCGACCUUAGCCGCAACAAGGUCGCGUGUGCUCCCUUCGGCGGCCCCAUCGCCGCCAUCCGUGACGACUCCAAGAUCGUCCAACUCUACGCCGAGUCGGCCCUCCGGAAGCUCCGAAUUUUCAACUCCGCGGGGGUCCAAAUCGCCGAAACCGUAUGGCGAAACCCCGGCGGCCGAUUAAUCGGCAUGGCCUGGACCGACGACCAAGUCCUCGUCUGCGUAACCCAAGACGGCACCGUUUACAGGUACAACAUUCACGCCGAACCCAUAGAACCCAAUCUGUCGAUGGGAAAGGAGUGCUUCGAGAACAGUGUGGUGGAAUGUGUGUUUUGGGGCAAUGGAUUGGUUUGUAUCAAUGAGGCCAACCAAUUGUUCUGUAUUCCCGAUUUUAAGAACCCUAGGCCUGGGAAGCUGGCGGACCCAGGGCUUGAGGAGCCGCCACUCUGCGCUGCGGUGAUCGAGCCACAGUACACGAUGACCGGCAAUGUGGAGGUGCUCCUUGCGGUGGAGGACCAUGUGGUGGUGGUUGAGGAGGAUGGGAUUCAGCAAGUGGGUGUUGGGGUGGGUCCUUUGCAGAGAAUGGCGGUGUCGAGGAACGGCAAGCUGUUGGCUUCGUUUACUCACGAUGGGAGGCUUUUGGUAAUGUCUAGUGAUUUCUCCAAGAUCAUCUUCGAGUAUAGUUACGAGUCAUCACUUCCCCCAGAGCAGCUAGCUUGGUGUGGAAUGGACAGUGUGUUACUUUACUGGGAUGAUAUGCUUUUAAUGGUUGGUCCUUAUGGAGAUCCUGUGCUCUAUCUUUACGAUGAACCAAUUGUUCUCGUCCCAGAGUGUGAUGGAGUGAGGAUACUUUCAAAUACAAGUUUGGAAUUUCUACAAAGAGUUCCUGAUUCCACUGUAUCAAUCUUUAAGAUUGGGAGUACAUCACCUGCAGCUUUGCUUUAUGAUGCCUUGGAUCACUUUGAUCGGCAGAGUGCCAAGGCAGAUGAAAAUUUGAGAUUGAUACGCUCAUCAUUGCCUGAGGCUGUUGAAGCAUGCAUUGAUGCUGCGGGUCAUGAAUUUGAUGUCUCACGGCAGAGGACGUUACUAAGAGCUGCAAGCUAUGGCCAAGCAUUUUGCAGCCACUUUCAACGUGAUCGCUUCCAAGAGAUGUGCCGAACUUUACGUAUCUUAAAUGCUGUACGUCACUAUGAUGUUGGCAUGCCUCUCAGUAUUCAGGAAUACAAGUUGCUUACACCACCAGUUCUCAUUGGUCGUUUAAUUAAUGCCAAUAAACACCUUCUUGCACUUCGGCUAUCAGAGUACCUUGGCAUUAAACAAGAGGUGGUGAUAAUGCACUGGGCAUGUGCAAAGAUAACAGCUUCUUUAGCAAUUCCUGAUGCUACCCUUCUCGAAAUUUUACUCGAUAAGCUGAAAAUAUGCCGGGGCAUAUCUUAUGCAGCAGUUGCUGCUCAUGCAGAUAAGAGUGGCAGGCGGAAAUUGGCUGCAAUGCUUGUUGAACAUGAACCACGGCCUACAAAGCAGGUUCCUCUACUGCUAAGCAUUGGAGAGGAAGAUACAGCUCUGACAAAGGCUAUUGAUAGUGGUGACACUGACCUUGCUUAUCUUGUUCUAUUUCAUAUCUGGCAGAAGAGGCCAGCUUUGGAGCUAUUCGGAACCAUACAAUCCAGACCACUGGCACGUGAUUUAUUUGUAUGUUAUGCAAGAUGUUAUAAACAUGAAUUUCUGAAGGACUUCUUUCUUUCAACAGGGCAGCUUCAAGAUGUUGCUUUUCUAUUAUGGAAAGAGUCAUGGGAACUGGCAAAAAAUCCUAUGGCAAGCAAAGGAUCUCCUCUUCAUGGUCCACGCAUAAAACUUAUUGAAAAGGCCCAAAGUCUCUUCACAGAAACAAAGGAACAUACUUUUGAGUCAAAGGCUGCUGAAGAGCAUGCAAAAUUGUUAAGAAUACAACAUGAACUUGAAGUGACCACAAAGCAGGCCAUUUUUGUGGAUUCAAGUAUUAGUGAUACCAUUCGCACGUGCAUUGUGCUGGGAAAUCAUCGAGCUGCAAUGAAAGUCAGAACGGAAUUCAAGGUUUCAGAAAAAAGAUGGUAUUGGCUUAAAGUGUUUGCUUUGGCUACAAUUAGGGAUUGGGAUGCCCUAGAAAAGUUCUCAAAGGAGAAAAGGCCACCAAUUGGCUUCCGGCCAUUUGUGGAGGCAUGCGUUGAUGCAGACGAGAAAGGUGAAGCUUUGAAAUAUAUCCCAAAGCUCGCAGAUCCAAGGGAGAGAGCUGAGGCUUAUGCUCGAAUUGGCAUGGCAAAGGAAGCCGCAGAUGCUGCAUCCCAAGCCAAAGAUGGGGAAUUACUUGGUCGACUGAAGUUGAGUUUUGCACAAAACGCAGCAGCUUCAUCUAUAUUUGACACGCUCAGAGACCGGUUGUCGUUCCAGGGGGUUUCGUAGCCUCGCUGCCCGCAUUGUUUCCGACCUCAUUAGCUUGUUUUCCCAUGGCUGCAUUUGUAUUUAGUCUGUUCAAAUCACGUUGUAGGAUGAUUGUGAAGUCAGCCAGCCAAUUUGUGGCAAAUCUCUUAAUCUCUUAUGCAGCAGAGUUUGGUUUUGUGUCUUGUUAUCAAUCGAACCGGUAGCAUGCGACUUGGUGUUGUCUCUGUUGGCUUGGAUUUUGUUUUUAACUUAUUAUCAUAUAUAGUUCAAUCACAAGAUGACUUUGGAUAUGGAUAUGGAUAUAAUGUUUUUGUCUUUGGGUGA